UCUCUCUGCGCGCGCUCGCGCUCACGAGAUGACGUCACAGACCGUUCCCUACAACAUGGCGGCUGUGUGUGAGGAGGCGGAAGUGUUGUGGUUAGUGAGUAUGUGACUGCCCCCUGCAGGCUGGAGUGAGUGUAUCUCACCAUGAACAAUAAGGACACAACCACUGAAUCCGAGAAUAACCGUCAGAUGAAGGUGUUUCUGCCCAAUAAACUGCUGGAUUGUUUGCCUCGAACAAACACAUUACCGAAAGAGAGACUCCGGUGGAACACCAACGAGGAGAUUGCAUCAUACCUGAUCUCCUUUGACCGACAUGAAGAGUGGAUUUCCUGCACACUCAAGACCAGGCCACAGAAUGGCUCCAUCAUUCUGUAUAACAGGAAGAAGGUGCAGUACAGGAAGGACGGAUACUGCUGGAAGAAACGGAAGGAUGGCAAAACCACACGGGAGGAUCACAUGAAGCUCAAAGUGCAGGGAACUGAGUGUCUCUAUGGUUGUUAUGUCCAUUCCUCCAUUGUCCCAACAUUCCACAGGAGGUGCUAUUGGCUUCUGCAGAACCCAGACAUUGUGCUGGUCCACUACCUGAACGUGCCGAAUGUGGAGGACAGUGGCAAGGCAUGUGGGCCGGUCCUGUGUGCCUUUACUGACCGCCGAGACGGACUGCGCUGGAGCCGAGAGGAGCUGCUCUCACAACUUAAACCCAUGUUUCACAGUAUGAAGUGGUGUGGCAGUGGAAAUGGGGCAGACGUUUCCAUUGAGCAGCUUGUGCAGCAGAUUCUGGAGUCACAACAGACCAAACCACAACCACGCACACACACCUGCCUCUGUAACCAUGCUUCUUCUGGGAUGAACAUUCCUCAUCGGUGUAACAGCACAAAACAUCGCAUCAUCUCCCCAAAACUGCCAUGUGGCCCUGUCCCCUACCUCACUGAAGUCCAGAACCUAACCCAUGAGAGCUCAGGGGGUGGGGCAGCCAGCAGAGAUGGAGGUGCAGGGGAUGCAGUUGCAGGAGGUGUGGCCAAUGAGAAAACCCAACCCUCCAGCCCAGCAGUUACCCUUGACAACGGGAAUUCUGCUCCACCCUCUUCUUCCUCAUCCAGCUCGCCACAAACACAGUGCACUGCAACACUUGCCCUUGGCAACAGCAAUGGUUUCUAUGGUGACCAACGUGGCAGCCUGGCAACAGUAGCUCUGUCUCAGAAUGCAGUAAUCGUCAUGACGACAGCAGCAGCAGCUGCGUUGGGCCGGGGACGGGAGGAGUCUAAAGGAGAGAUCAAUUCUGCGCACCUGUCACUCACACAUACUGGAGGCCGGCUCGUCUUAUCACCUGUCCCAACCAAACAGGAGACGCCCCCUCCCAGCCCCGCCCCUGUCCCAGCUCACACGGUGCCACCCAGUCAGGGUGUGGCUACGCUCUCUCUCACUCUUCUGCCCAGCCCUGUGAUUGGAGGAUUGCUGUUGACAGAUCGCAUAAUUGCAGAAAAGCCCAGUGCAAUGCUCCGCCCCUCGUCUCCCUCUCCAUCAUUAAUGGCACCGCCAUCUACACAGACUGCCUCUGUAUCUGGCCCCGCCCCCUCUGUACCACUGCUGUUUGACCCUGAUUCUUUUCUCAAUAGCCCCAAACAGGGCCAAACCUAUGGUGGGUCCUCCCUCUCACCUCUCAACACGACUAACUCCACCUCUUCCUGCCAGAGCCCACCCCUUUCCUCUUCUCCACAGCCUCCUUCAUUGGCGUUGACUCUUUCUCCAACCUCUCCACCUUCAUCUCUCUCUUCUCUCUCUCCUCCCACAUCUACACCAAACUCUGCCUCCUUGUCUCCUUCGCUGUCUUACUCACUCUCUCCUUCUUGCCCGGCCCCCUCUCUCCUUCCCCUUUGUUUUGACUCCUCACUGGCUCUUGAUUCACUGACCCACCCACUAAGCCCCACACUAGACGCUCAGGUCUCCUUGCCACGAUUGGACAUGACCCCCCAAAGCUCUGUCAGCGAUGGGCAAGCUCUUCUAAUUGGACAAGAAGAAAAUGCCACACCUACUCUGCUGUCACUAAACUACACACACAACCAGCCAUUGCCUUCACAGCACUUGACAUCCAGUCAACACUCUAGCAACCAUCUGUUAGUCGAUCAGUUACCGCUCCGUCAGCUUUUGCCCAAACAGCAGCAGACCAGUCAGCUUCCAGCUGAUGAAGGGAGGGUGGGGCUGAGGCUUCAAGAAGAAGCUCAUCUCUUGAUGACCCAAACACAGACACAUUCGCAGGGUUUGAGGCCUCCAGGGCGAGGCCUGCGCCAUAGCCUCAGCCAGCCGGCUCUGCUCACACACAGUGAUGCACGCACCGAUACACACAAUGACGCACACAAAGAGUCACAUGCGCACACACUUCUACCACAGAAGAGCCCUGUUCAGGUGAAGGAAGAAAAGUCUCCACCCAUAACUCCAACCAUUCUGCGAGAAUUAGAGUGCGAUGAAAUGCCCAUGGACACUACUCACAGUUCUGACAGCACUGCCCAGCAACACACAGAUGAGGCGGAGCUAUCGUUUGACUCUACCUUUCCUGAUCUGAUAUCUGAACUGAUCACGGAGGAAACAAACAGCCACUCUGCCUCUGCAAGCCUAAACUCUGCCUCUGCCCCACCUACUUACCCAGUCAGGUACAUGGCCCCACCCCAGCCAACGCCCUCCACCUCCUACUUGCCCUACACACUCCUCACACAAACACACAUGCACUCCAACACACACUCUGGAAUGGGAGAGGAGCCUCAGCGUCUUGCGAGCAUCACUGAUUUCUCACCUGAGUGGUCAUAUCCGGAGGGUGGGGUGAAGGUGUUGAUCACAGGUCCCUGGUCAGAGGUGAGCUGCAGGUACUCGUGUAUGUUUGACCAGAGUACUGUGCCUGCUUCUCUCAUCCAGCCUGGAGUACUGCGCUGUUACUGCCCAGCUCAUGAAGCAGGUCUGGUGGCUCUGCGUGUGAUGAAGGACUUGAAUGCCGUGUCAUCUUCAGUGUUGUUUGAGUAUCGGGCUAGAAAUGCAGCGUCAUUACCGAGCUCACAGCUAGACUGGCUCUCUCUGGAUGACAAUCAGUUCCGCAUGUCCAUCCUGGAGAGACUAGAGCAGAUGGAGAGGAGGAUGGCCGAGAUGGCUAACCACAAUCAACAACACCACCACCACCACCAGCAACAACAGCAGCAGUGGUUGGCAAGGCAACAGAGCACACCUCAGUCCUCACUGCGUCUAACUCCUGAAAACCAGUCUGGACUGUGGUUUGAGCGCCGGAUCGUGAGUGUGUGUGAGCGAAUGAUGAGUGGAGGACGGUGGGGUGGUGGUGAGAGACUCGCACACUGUGUCAGACACAGAGGGAUGACGUUACUGCAUCUCGCAGCUGCCCAAGGAUACACACAACUCAUACACACACUCAUCCGCUGGAGGACGCUGAGUGCUAAUAGUCUGGAUCUGGAACAGGAAGUAGAUCCACUAAAUGUUGAUCACUUCUCCUGCACGCCACUGAUGUGGGCAUGUGCACUGGGUCAUCAGUCCGCUGCAGUGUUACUAUACAGGUGGAGCAGUGUGGCACUGAUGAUUCCCGACUCUCUUGGUCGUCUCCCUCUUGCUGUCGCUCGCUCACGGGGACACACCCGUCUUGCCCGCUGCCUCGAGGAGCUGCACACACAUACACAUUUACAGACACACACUCCGGAGAUCAUACACACACACAACCAGUCACACACACUGGACACUUCACCCCCACCUCAGCUGCCCCUCUCUCCGCUUUCUACCAGUCCUGAUACAGGUCUGAGUUCCUCCAGUAGUAUUCCAUCUCCUAGUGACCCACCCUCCCCAUCUCCUAGCUCUGCAUACUCCAGUGGUUCAGCCCCGCCCACCUCACCUCUGUCUCCUCCUGACCCAAUGGAUACUUCUUGUGACUCCUCCCCAUGCUCCUCCCCAACCCCGCCCCUUCAAUGUCCAACCCCCAAAAAUAUGGACACACAUUUCCUGUUGGACUCUCCCCCACACUCUCACCCACACUUGGAGCACACACACACACAUGCCCACUCCUCAUUCGAGGCUGAAUUGCUCAGUUACAGUGAGAACGCAGAGAAUGAGGACUACCUGCAUGCUGAGGUCUUACAGGUUGACAUGACAACAUUGGCUGAGCAGAUAAUUGAGGCAACUCCUGAGCGAAUCAAACAGGAGGAGUUUCCCAGGGGGGCAGAGUCACCACUCCGAGAGAGGCGGGAUAAUGCAGCCAUUCAUGACACCAUGCCAUGGCUUGCACCCUACCUGGAUACUGUAGACAGGUGUGUGUGUCCAACCCCACAGCCACCUUCCCCUCUCAGUGCUCUAGCUCUGCAGAGACUCCGCCCCCCAAGUAGUGCAGCAUGGGCAGAGUUUUUGAAUGCCUCAGCCAAUGGGAGAAUGGAGAGAGACUUUGCUUUGCUCACUCUGACGGACAGCGAACAGCGGGAACUUUACGAAGCUGCUCGCAUCAUCCAGAACGCUUUCCGCAGAUACAAGGGGCGGAGACUAAAGGAGCAGCAAGAUAUGGCGGCUGCAGUCAUCCAGCGAUGCUACAGGAAGUACAAACAGUACGCUCUGUAUAAGAAGAUGACACAGGCAGCCAUUUUGAUCCAGAGUAAAUUCCGCAGUUACUAUGAGCAGAAGAAGUUCCAGCAGAGUCGCAGAGCUGCAGUUCUCAUCCAGCAGUACUACCGCAGCUAUAAAGAGUACGAGCGCAUCAAACAGGGAGGAAGAACCGGCACCGCGCUCUCCAACAAGAUGAAAGGCUCGUUCCUGACUAAGAAGCAGGAUCAAGCAGCUCGCAAAAUCAUGCGCUUCUUUAGACGCUGCAGACACAGGAUAAAGGAGCUGAAGCAGAGCAAGGAGCUGGAGCGGAGAGGCCUGACCACCUGAUAGCUAUCUCUCUCUUUCACUUACUCUCUCUCUCUCUCUCUUUCACACACACACACACACACACACACAAGUUUACAAUCGCUAACUAAAAUAACCUGAGAGAUGACUGGCUUCCUGCAUGUCCUCUAAGGGAGUGAGCAUCGUGAUUCCUCCGUCUCUUGCCCUUUAACUUUCACACUUGAAAAGAAUGAAUGCACAUGGAAGUCGCAUAGAAUUUUAUUGUAUAUGUUAAUGCUCCCUGUUAUUGGAGUUUGCUAGCUAGCAACAUCCUGGGCUAGCACUGUGAGUUAGCUAAGUGUUUAGCGGUUUGAACCCCUUCAGACUCAUUCUAUUUUUUUUAUUUCAUCAUUGUUGCAGCUUGUAUAGUGUGUUAUACAAAAUGUGUAUCUCUCUCAUUCAUAGAAUAUAUAUAUUUAUUCUCUAAUUGUUCAUAUGUAUAAACCUAGAUAUUCUAAAGAAUGAAAUUAUUGUCUUGGAUAUAAAUUUAUUUCUGCUUUGAGGUGUUUCAGCAUGUUUUUAUAUAAAAACUCGACGUUUACCUUCUCAGCAAGUGACAGUUUCUCACUUCACUGAUUUUCAGUCUUAGACUUUGUCCCCUUGUCCACUUCCCCUCGCUCAUGUCCGCCUGGAUGUUUUACAUCACUGUGGAAGCUUGAAUGAUGUGCAUGAGAUGAGAAUGGACUCAACAGCGUACCCAGAAGACAUUGCUGCAAUCCAACACUUUUUUUCCCAAAAUGGCAGACUAAAACUUAUAAACAGAAGCUUCAAAUUUCAAACCUACUCACAUCUGAUGUUUGCUUGUGAGUUUGUCCCAGGCCCAACAUGGAAAAACAGGAAAUGAGCUUGGCGUCGUUGCUCACACUGCCAUUGAGUGUGUUCCUGCUGAUAAAUUUGCUCCAAAUGCACAUGUAGUUAUUGCACACUUUUCAGUGGUUAGGGGAAGUGGAUAAGGGUGCAUUUGAAUAUGAAUUGAAACAAACUUGUGAAACGAGAUAUGAACAGAAAGCGCUUGAUUAACACACGGGUGAACUUCAUACAGGGUGAAAUAUUACGUCUUAAACAACACUGGAAGGUGUUUUAUGAUGUGAUGUAUCGCUGAUCAAACAAACUGAAAGUUAAGCAAACUUUAACACAUUUAACCUGGAUGUACUUAACCGCUCCUGAUGCUGGGUGUUAGUUCAGGGCUGAGAUGAUAUAGCUGUGUAAUUAUAACAAAAAAAUCUGAAAUAUGGAUAUCAAAGUACAUACAAUGACUAACUUCUAUUUUUAGAUAAAUAUCUGUAGUAAGAUAAAUACAUUUCUAAAGACGUGUAAAAUAGAGAAAGCGUUUCUACUUUGUGAUAAACUACUGAAGAUUCAGAGUGAUUCCUCUAAACAAGUCCAUGUUAAAUUUAGAAAUAUUCUGUCAUGUUGCUCAACUGAGGAGCAGAAAACAUCCACACUGACGCUGGACAUUGCAAUUCAUUUUGCAUGAUAAUUAGUUGGAUGAUUAUCACUUGGGUCUUUGUGGAUCAUUUCUGAACCUAAAAACCUCAUGGUUUCUGCUAAAUGUAUCCAUGUCUUUAAUUCACACCCUGAAUUUAUUCACAUCUAAGGAAAAAAAAUUCACAAUAUUUUUAUAUUGAUCAGUGAAAUUAUUUAAAAAAUUGAUAGCAAUGAGUUGAAAUAUAAAACUUAAAACUGAUUAAGCUAAAAUAAAUUUUCAAAUGUACUGACCUCAGUUUUUAUUAAUGAUGUUGACUUCGUAUUUUGUGUGUGGGUUUUUUUUUUUCCUUUUCAUUUGAUCAACACCAUUCUUUCAGCACCAGACCAGAAAAUACAUGAAUAGGAAGUUUUUCAUUUUAUGGAUUAUUUUUGAAUGUGCAGUGCCUUGAAGUCUUUAAUGCAGUCAUACAUACAUUAUAUACAUACACACACUAUUUUAGCUGAAAUUGUGUUGCAGUUAUGCAUAUGAAUCUAAAUGUGUGAGAUACUUCAGCACUGCAUGUGUUAUGCAUUAAUGUGUAAAUAAUGUACAUUAUAAAGAGCUGUUGAUAUUGAACAGAAAUAUUUGCUUGUUAGAUAAGUCUUUUUUUUUUUCAUUCACCAAUACGCAUGAUUAUACUUACAGGUUUUGCAUGAGUUCCUUAAAGAAUCGUUUUGCUUUCAGAUAAUA